GUUCUGUUGUCUUUGAAGGUCACAGGCAGGAAGGUGCACGGAGGAGCCACCGAGCUGCUGCAGUGGGGAGACGGUAACAAUGAACAGAAGGCCCCCCCCACUGGGACCAGUCCACGGAUCCUCAACCCCCUCCGUCUGUUUGCCAAGGGUUCCCCUGGACUCAGGAGCAGCGUGAGGGAAAUCACGUAUUUGCAGAACAGCGAGGACUCGUGGGACUGGUUAUCAAACCACACAGACAUUCAGGGAGCACAGGCCCGAACCAAACGGAGGCCCAUCGUCAAGACUGGGAAGUUCAAAAAGAUGUUCGGGUGGGGGGAUUUCCACUCCAACAUCAAGACUUUGAAACUCAACCUGCUGAUCACGGGGAAGAUCGUGGACCACGGGAACGGAACCUUCAGCGUGUAUUUCCGCCACAACUCCACGGGCCUGGGCAACGUGUCGGUCAGUCUGGUGCCGCCCUCCAAGGUCGUGGAGUUUGAGAUGGCGCAACAGUCCGCGCUGCCGGAGACCAAAGACACCAAAUCGUUCAACUGCCGCAUCGAGUACGAGAAAACGGACCGCAACAAGAAGACGGGCGUUUGCACCUUUGAACCGACCAAGACGUGCUACCACGAGCUGACGCAGAGCCACGUGUCCUGGCUC